AUGGCUGUGGAGGCGUCGGAGGAGAGUGCCACAGGGCACGCAGCCGGCUGCGCUGUGCAAGACCUUCCGUCCUUGGCCAAGAUAGCCGCGGAUCUCAGUGACAAGAACGUCUCGAUUGUUGUGAAAAUGAGUCAUCUGUUCUCUCUUAGGGAACACGGAGGGCGAGAGGCUGCGGAGCUGCUCGUGCGAGCGCUCAAAGAUAGAGCCACUGUUGACUCGGUGCUUUUCAGGCACGAAGCGGCCUAUGUGUUGGGGCAGCUCGGCAGCCCUGAGUCGAUUUCUUUUCUAGAGGACACCUUGGCAGACAUGACGGAAGACGAGUUGGUUCGCCAUGAGGCCGCAGAAGCGCUAGCAGCAAUUGGAUCUGAUACCUCCCUCACGACACUCUCCGCCUACCUGGAGGAUGCCAGCCACCCAGUCAAGCAGACGUGCGAACUCGCAGUGAGGAGUCUCAAGUACAAACAGCAGCAGAGGCAACAACGAAGCACACAAAACAACGAAACAGAGGACGGGGUGGUGGCCACAUCGCCAGAAAAACUCACGUCUAGCUUCAAUACGGUUGACCCUUCGGCACCCUUCGAGGGCUGCACUGCAGCAGAUGUUUCCCGGCUCUUUGCGAUGCUCAUGGACAGCCAAGAGCCUCUGUGGACGCGCUACCGUGCACUGCUGACUUUGAGGGACCUUCGCGUGCCGGCGGCUGCCGCAGCCAUUGCCAGGUGUCUGUUGCGCGAUCGAAGCUCCGCCCUGUUGCGUCACGAGGUUGCCUUUGUACUGGGGCAAAUUCAGUUUCCUUCUUCGGUGUCCUGCCCUUCGAAGACUGCAUGCGCAGCUGGUCAGCUCGAAAACCGUCUUCCGCAUGCAGGAACGCGCAGCACUGGCGGGGCUGCGGCCUGCUCCGUGCCUUCCCCGCCAGAAACAAUGUCAGCAGAAGCCGCCGCGUGCGAAGCUGCAGAUGCCCUUCUCACCUGCCUAGCAGAUCCUGCAGAGCACUGCAUGGCCAGACAUGAAGCGGCGCUGGCCCUUGGCAGCCUCGGGGUUGACCCCCGUUCGGCGACCUGCGAGCUCGAAGGCGAACGAAUUAUGCGCGAAGCCAUCGUGACCGCACUGCUAAGAUAUCGCACCUGCAGCGACCAAGUAGUGGCGGAGAGCUGCGUCGUGGCCCUCUCCAACAUGCAGGAGGAGUUGGGUAUCAGCUAUGGGGUUUAG